UUCCGAUUGCUUCUUUAUGAGCUACUGAAAACGUCGUGUGUGGUUUGGGUUCAAGGAAGUUACGCGCGUACACUUUUGAUCAGCUGCUCGAGCCGCAGUACUUCAGGAGAAAACCAGUACCACUCAAGCACUAGCGCAUUAGCAUUUCUACAAGUUUCCCUCGUCGAACAUCCAUCUUUCCCGGAGCAAGCCCACAGUCCAGUAUUUGUGACGGCAGAACGCGGAUGAGGCCAAGGCCUUGGAGGUGCACGUUCGAAGAAGCCGUGAGUAUGCGUCUGGUCGGCAACGGCCACCGAUGUCAUCGUGGUUUUGACCAAUAUCUCUGACUCCUCCCGAAAAUGUCCUGCGGAACCUUCCAAAUAUGUCGUAUGCUUAUGAAUCGGGCAAUGACAAAAGCAGGAAAGCGGAGGCUGGUCUAGGGGGUCCUUGAAUAUUUGACUAGGUUCAACCCUGCUUCGGAACCUUUUCAAGAAACCCAUUUCCUCACUGUCAUUUACGAACGUGCCGCAGCCAUACCUCUCCAACUCUCCACCAUCAUCCGUAUGUCGAUAGCCAGACGUUUUCCUGAGUGCUGGGGUCACCGCGGCGCUUCAGUCGCAUACCCAGAAAACACACUUGCCAGCUUCGAAGCUGCGAUAAGAGACGGUUCUGACGGAAUUGAAAGCGAUGUACAUGUGUCCACUGACGAUGUUGUGAUCAUGUUCCAUGAUCCUUCGCUUGAAAGGACAACAAAUGGAGAAGCGAGUGCAGGGCUUAUACGAGAACAUAGUUGGUACGGCCCUGAUGGGAUGGAGCAUCUUAGAACGACAAAGAAGCCACAACAAUCAAUACCUACGUUCGUUGAAACUGUUGCUCUUCUAAUGAAGCCUGAAAAUCGGCAUGUCAAAUUCAAUGUAGACGUCAAAGCCUGGAACGACCCUCCUCGUCUCUUCUCCCUAAUGCACAAGAUCAUUUCCGCCCACCCCAACUGGGAAGUCGACCUGGCGCCACGUAUCUUGCUCGGGCUUUGGCAUCCCAUCUUUAUCGAACAUGCUAAGACCCUUCUACCUUAUUGCAAGCGAUCAUUUAUUGGAUUUGACAUCUACGUUGCUCAAACGUAUUUCUGGAACGAUGUGGAUGUAUUUUCGAUACACUUCGGGGCACUUGUAUCGGCUGAGGGAGAACGGUUCAGGAAAGAGUGUCAAAGAGAUGGGAAGAAGGUGAUGGUUUGGACUGUGAACGACCCUCGGUGGAUGAUAGAGGCAGUCACCUGGGACGUAGAUGUCAUUCUCACGGAUGUCCCUAGAACUUGGCAUACUUUGCGGAAAGCAUUCCAAACCGAUUACGACAAAGUCAUCUCCCAUCACUCCCGCAGCUUCCUCUGGACCGACUGGAAGCUCUAUUCUGGGGUCCAAAAGGCUUUCCGUUAUGCCGUCUGGCAACGGCUCACCAAAGCCGCUGGUCCAUUUGACCUCAGCCAACCGAGACCUCCAGUCUCUAUACCUGCUGCUCCAAUCUCACAGGAUUCUGUGAUUAAGACGUACAAGAAUCAUCUCCUCGUUCCUUGCGCCGCCGCUGUCAUUGUGUGGGCUUUGUUUUCCGCGGAGUUUCUCGGAUGAUGUCGGUCGAUCUGGAUUAUUAUUAUAUUUUCUGUCUGUGGCGGUAUUGAUUUUUGUGGUAGAUUGUACUAUACGCCGUCUGCUGGAUUUCGCUCUCAGUAGACUUUUCCGUUGUAUUCAUAUCUAGAGAACUGGACUGGAUGUAUAUCAGCGCCUGUUAUCCAGAGGAUGCUUUUGUCGCGGAUUUCUGACCUCUCGGGAUCUCAACCUCCAUCAUGCAGAUGUGCUCUUCACUGGAAUGGUAAAUUUCAAGCGAGGCCGUGUUACUGUAUGUUCCCUCAG